AUGCAGAUGCAGAUAUCACGAUCUCAACGCCUGUUGGCGGUCAUUGGGAUUGCGACUUGUUUCUUUUUGGGGGAAAUAUCGGUUGGCUUCUACACGCAUUCGAUAGCUUUGGUGGCUGAUGCGUUUCAUUAUUUGAAUGAUCUGGUGGGAUUUAUCGUCGCCUAUGCUGCUGCCAAGAUGUCUGAAACUGAGGGAUCCCCUAAACGACUCACUUUCGGAUGGCAGCGAGCGCAGCUGCUGGGUGCAUUUUUCAAUGGUGCUCUUCUUCUCGCCCUGGGGAUUAGCGUUUUCCUGCAGUCCAUAGAGCGUUUUAUUACGUUGCAGCAUGUCGAUAAUCCCAAGCUUGUGUUCAUCAUGGGGUGUAUUGGCUUGUGCCUGAAUGUGAUCAGUAUCCUCUUUCUUCAUGCCCAACCUUCCCCCAAUGGUCACGACCUGGGAACGAUGGGUGUUCUUCUCCAUGUUCUUGGUGAUGCAGCCAACAAUAUCGGGGUCAUGGCCGCAGCAUUGGUCAUGUGGCUGGCUGACUUUGAGGGACGGUGGUACGCUGACCCAGGAACUAGCAUGGGUAUAGGAAUGAUGAUCAUGUUGACGUCUUUCCCACUUGUGCGAAGUGCCGGUACCAUCUUGCUGGAAAGUGCACCAAAAGGACUCGAUGUAGAUAAUGUCAAGCACGAUCUGGAAAAGAUUCCCGGUGUCUUAUCCAUUCACGAGCUGCACAUCUGGAGUCUCAAUCAACAAAAGAUUCUGGCAUCUGUCCAUGUGACGAUUGCAGAACACUCCAUGUCCGAGUUCUUGAUCUUGGCCAGAACCAUCAACGAGUGUUUCCAUGCGUACGGGAUCCAUUCGAUUACUCUUCAGCCAGAGAUUGAGCCUGCCAUGGGUUUAAGCAGUAUCACGAAAGAGCAAGCAAGUUUUGAAGUGCAGAAUCUGCAACAGAGGUCGUUGGAGAAGUGCAAGGUAGCUUGUGGGUCGUCGUGUGAGGAUUUGAAGUGUUGUGGAUGA